CCAAGGGUGCCCCGCCCCCACCUGUCAGGAGGAGGUUUUCACCUGGCUCACCUUACUGACACAGCAGGCGCCACAUUGCUCCGGAGUCCCCCGACAUGGAGCCGGUGUACCGGGGUCUGGGUCGCUGUGUUUGUUGUUUCUGGCUCGCGGUGGCCUUUGACGUCAUCGGACUGCUCGUGCUCCUGAUUGGCGUGUUCGUGAACGUCUUCUUCUACGACCUGCUCAUCUACGCCGGCGCCAUUGUCAUCUUCCUCAGCCUCGUCUGGUGGGUCUUUUGGUACUCCGGAAACAUCGAGGUCCUCCCAGCGGAGCUUGAAGACGACGUGGGGCUGAUCAAGAAGGACAGGGACGCUCUGGGCGCCAUCACAAGUGCGGUCCGCCGACUGUCCAGUCGAGUGUCCACCGGCAUCAGGAAUUCCUUCCGCGUGAACGUUAGGUCGACCCGCGGUCCCACCGUGUCCGCUGAGCCGGUGGUCGUCACCAUGGCAACCUUGACGCCCAAUGAGCGCACUUCGGAGUCUUCGAUGGGGUGCGAUGACGUCAUGCCUCACACUGCAACAGAGACCUCACCUGCAUAGUGAAGGCCGACAGAGACUCAGAGGACGAGGACAAGAACCACCGACUGAAACUCAACUUCUAACUUUUUUGUUCAAUGUACAGUAUGUGUUCAGACAAUGACAGCGGCUGUGAAGAUGUUUUUGCAAUUGUAAUCAGAAUUACGUGUUUAUGUUUUUAAAUUAAACAACAUCUGUAUUGUGGACAUUAAGGCUGAAUCCCAAUUCCACCCCUUACCCCUGAUCUUACUCCUUACCCCCUUGGUGUUGUGCAUUCACGAGAAUCAAGUGGUGUGCCGAUUCUCCCUAAAUCAAGGGCUGAGGGGGGUACAGCAGUAGAAACCAAGUGUGGUCGGGGACCAGACUUGAAACGUAGGC